UGGCGGUUCUUUACGUUACUUUGAGGAGACCACUAACUUUAGGUAGCUUUAAAUCAUCGGAGUCACUGCCUUGUGUUCCUUGACUGCUGUGGCUCAGGUUAAGGUUAAACCUUCAUGCCAAGAAAUGUAUGAAAUGUGAAAAGGAGUCGUAGGGUUGAAGGCAGAGCAAAUGAACACCCACAAUUGAACGUCCGGGCAUUUUUUGUCAAUGAAUCAUCCAUUACUAUGCUGGUCAUCGUGCUCACCAUUUGUGUAGUGUCAGACCUACGAGCUCGAUGCUCAAUUCUUAGGACGGAAAUCAAGUGAAAGCACAUGUAGAAGUUUUUGUCAUGCCUGGAUACCACUUGGCUGCCAUCGACCGAUCUGGAAUUGACGAAAAGAAUCUAUGUCCUAAAUGUAACGAACUCCUCAAAGAAGCUCUGCAGACCAUAGCUUGUGGCCACAGAUAUUGUAAGGCAUGUGUGGAAGAUAUGCUAAGUCAGGGACCUGGGAAAUGUGUCAUAGAUGAUGCAAUAAUUCAUCAAGAACAGGUCAGACCGAUUGUUGACCGAUUUGUUGAGCGAGAAAUCCAGUCAUUGACGCUUCACUGCGUCAACCAUGAGCACGGUUGUGCAUGGAAGGAUGAACUGAGAAAACGAGAGGCCCAUGAAGCUGUUUGUGAGUAUGUGAAAGUACCUUGUGUUCACUCCGAUUGCGGCGAACUGGUGACUAGAGCCCAGCUAGCAGACCAUCUGGAGCAGAGGUGCCAGUAUAGAUUGGAAACAUGUGAGUACUGCCAUGCUCUGGUCACUUUUGCUGUUAUGAAGGAACAUCAUGAAACACAGUGCCCUGCAGUGCUGAUCGAAUGCACAAAGUGUACUAGGAAGGACAUUCCUCGUGGUCAGAUGGCUUCUCAUAUUGACCCAUUGAAAGGAGACUGUGAAGAGAUAACAGUUCCUUGUCCUUGGUCGCAAAUCGGAUGUCCUGAAUCUAAGGCCAUGAAGCUGCAAGAUAGAGAGGCUCAUGACGUGAAAAAUGUUGCUGUGCAUAUGACGCUCCUCUUUCAAACAGUCAUGCAACUUCUCUCUCUGGAAGGGAGCAACCUUCGUGAACCAAAUCACGUUAAUCAUAAAGACGUAAACAUGCCAUCCCAGAAAGAAUUGGAGAGAUGUGUAGAACAAAUAGAGCACGCGUUAAAAGAGAAUGAAGAAUUAAAAUCCAAGCUUUUGCAGCAAGAGCAACGCAUACACCAGUUGGAAAGUGGUGGUGCUGGGCAGAACAAACCUAUUCCGAAUUCAUCUGUAACAGGUCAAGAAUCAACAAUGGAGCUCUCACGGAGAAUUCAUAAUGAAGCAGCAAAAACAGCUGACCUUGAGGUUCUCAUCAUCGAAGGGAACAGACAGAAUGAAGAUCUUCAACGGCAGGUUGCUACUUUAGCCAGAGCACUGGAAGCUGCCAAAGAAACGAUUAACAGGUUACAGAGGCAGUUUGAGUCCAUGAGUCACUCCCUGGCGUUGCGUAAUGUCACCCUGAGCGAUUUAGAGGAGUACGUGACACAACAAGAAGUAUCCAGCCACGACGGAGUCUUACUGUGGAAAAUUUCCGACUUCGCGAGGAGACGGCGAGAUGCACAGUCAGGAGCCCAAGUGUCAUUUUACAGCCCCUGCUUCUUCACCAGUCGUUAUGGUUAUAAGAUGUGUGGGCGUAUCUAUUUAAAUGGUGACGGCAUUGGCAAAGGAACCCACAUCUCUAUCUUCUUUGUGGUCUUGCGCGGUCAGUAUGACGCGAUGCUCCGCUGGCCAUUUAGACAGAAGGUCACCUUUAUGUUGCUGGAUCAGGAUAAUGUGGAACACGUGAUUGACGCAUUCCGACCUGAUCCUAAUAGCUCCUCUUUUCAGAGGCCAAGAAGAGAAAUGAAUAUCGCAAGUGGAUGUCCCACCUUCUGCCCUCUGUCAGAGUUAAACAACCACGCCUAUGUCCGGGAUGACACCAUGUUCAUAAAAAUUAUAGUAGACACCACAGAUUUGUGAGACUAACUGAAAAACUGUCCAAAAGAGUACUUUGGUUAAAACUUCACGUUGUGUCUAGACGUUUCCUCUCCAAAAGUCCAGGGUUAUUGGCGUCUGGAAACUGGAUAGCUAACUCAAUAUUCUUGAGCUAAGCAUUCUCUUUAUCAUUCGAGCUAAACGUUCUCUUUAUUAACUUUUAGCUCGUGAAUGUCUGAAUUCUAUAUGAAAGAUCAAUAUCUAGAGGCAAGUAGAGAUGGGACGUUUAGUAAUAUUAAUUUACUUUAACAUUUAUAUUUAAGUUGCAAAGGUGGUUAAUUAAGAAGACUCGUUUGAUGUUUUUACGGACCUGUGUGGCAGUAUUCACCACCUUUUAAUUGCAUGAUUUUACGGAACUAGGGAAAUUUGAUAUUUAAUUCGAAUUAUUCUAUUCAAACAUUAUUUAUCUAGGUUGAACAAAUUACCUUUUAAUUGCAUGAUUUUACGGAACUAGGGAAAUUUGAUAUUUAAUUCGAAUUAUUCUAUUUAAACAUUAUUUAUCUAGGUUGAACAAAUUACUUUUUUAAUCCAACAAACUUAAUUUGAGGGUUUUCCUUCGAGUUCUCCGGUUUCCCUCAUCUAGCGAAAUUAAUUGUUGGUCGACUAGGUUAUUUCAAUGCUUUUAAUAAAUUGUUGAAAAACUUUAAGAUUUAACUUCGUACGCCUUAAAUGACGAUUAUUUAACAGAUGACUUUGUGUCAGCUGUAUUCGUCUAAGCUCAGAAGAGAGAUUGAGUAUUACUUAGAUUUCAGGGUAGCUUAAAUGGGUAACUAUUUAUACAAGCUCUUUCGCGUCUUUCUACUUCCCUCUCCCCCAAAGAGGGUAUAAAGGCAUGUGAAGCGAAAAGAUCAGCCAAAAACAAAAAUUGCCUACCCAUGCUAUCGAUACUGUGGGUUGAUUUCGUAAAAGGAUUCUUCUUUUCACUUACUCCAUUUAGUUUACCUUUGCUACUACAUCAAAGCAGACUCGUUGGCACUGGUCUGGUUGAUUACUACUGAUAAACUCAGAAACGAAAAUCGUUACAUUUUGCCAAGGGAUGCAGUUAAGCUAUUGAAUAAAGAAGAAAAUUGAAGAAAUAAGAAACAUCUUUGAUGUCAACUCUCUCAAAAAAUGGAUUCCUAAUUUGUUUAGGGUGUAAAAUCCGAAUAACACAAAACUGACAGAGUC